AUGCCCGCGGUGCCGGUGCCGCGGCCAGCCUACUCCCAGGCCAGAGAGAACCUGGUGAAGGCCAUCCCACCCAAGAUCAUCUGCCUACUGGCCUGCGGAGGAUGGGACUGCCGCUAUGAAGGACCAGCCUGCUGGAGGCCCAGCCAACAAGCUGUACAGGGACUCUUCUCACACUGGUGAGGAGGGGGGAGAGGGGGAGAGGGAGGGAAGGAGGGAAAGACAAACGGAAGACAGAGGUGGGGAGGGAGAGAUCUACAUGUGAAGAGAGUGAGGAUUGGAAGUUCUAUAUUCACUUCUGUUCUGUUCACAGGGUGACUGAUGACAUUGUGGCCAUGGCACGACCCUCCUCUCACCUCAUCAAGAAAUACAGCAUCAUAGAGCAGUUCCAACGGUAAAUAGUAAUGUAUGUGUGCAUGCCUGCCUGCCUACUCGCUUUCUCCUCUAGCUGAUCCUGUUCUCUCUGACCAGGUUGAACAUCAAGUCCAUCAUCAACAUGCAGUUGCCUGGGGAGCACGCUCACUGUGGCCCUCCUCUGGAGCCAGACACUGGAUUCACUUACUCCCCACAAACCUUUAUGGAGAAUGAUAGUAAGAUUAUACUGUAUUUAUACCUACAGUAUAUCUACAACACACACUUUACUUUAGGAUAGUCCCUGUGGCCUUUUUUAAAUGAAAUACGUGUUCUUGUCUUUCCUUCUGUGUGUGUGUGUGUGUGCUUGUGGUGCAGUCUUCUUCUUCAACUUUGGCAUGCCAGACUUCGGUGUGUCGUCUCUCGUGGGGAUAAUGGAUGUAGUGAAGGUGUUAGCCUUCGCUGUGAAAGAGGGAAAGGUGGCGGUGCACUGUCACGCAGGCUUGGGGAGGACAGGUGUGUGAAUUUUCUCAGUACAUACAUUGUCUUUAUUGUUCAGUUCAUUUAAAAAUAUACAUUGACUGCAAUCAGAAACAUAUUGUCCAUAAACGAUCCUGCAAAAAUGGGCACACCUCCUGUCAUUGUUGACAGGUGUCCUGAUAGCCUGCUACCUGGUCUACACUCUGCGUGUGAGCCCCAGUGAGGCGGUCCACUACGUGCGUAUCAAACGUCCCCGUUCCAUCCAGACCCGGGACCAGAUCAGCCUGGUGUUUGACUUUGCCCGUCUUCUGGGCCGUCAGCUGGCCCAGUACCCUGACCUGAGCCUGCGCCAUGGGGCCCACUUCACCCUGCUGCAGUACCUGCACCGUCAGGCCCUCCUCCUCCAUGGCCAGGAGGCCCGCACCCUUAGGCACACUCCCAAGGUGUCUGUUUUGUUUAAUUAUUUUGGCAACACUAUCUUUUUAAAAAUUCAAUUAGGUAAUAAGUCAUGUAGGGGAGAGUGGGGUAAGUUGAGCCACCUUGUUUCUAGGAAACCAUAUACCAAAUGAAUCGUUUGACAAAUAUGUAGGAAGAAGUCAUAAUUUCAUGGAGUCUGUGAAGGAAGAAACCACAUGGAAAAAGUGGUAAGCAAGUUAGGUAAAAAAAAAUGAUUUUCACCAAAUCAAAUGAAUUUAUUGUGUUAGAGGUUUCAUGAUGCUUGUAUCUAAACCAAAGUAUAUAAUUUUAAGAUUGUUCUGUACAUCAGCUAGGGUCUCUAUAAGCUUCAAAAUAAACGUCCUAAACCUAGCAUGAAACUGCAUCCUUGUAGCUGUGUGGGCUAAUAUAGUCAAAAUGUUUGCCUUCGGGUAAGUUGAGCCAAUGGUUGAGCCAAUGGCAAGUUGAGCAAAUUUAAGUGUUUUCUUCCCAGGCAUAAUGCAAGGAAAUAUCGCUGGGAUAUGAGUUAACAACAGGGCCGGGCCUAUGUUAAAAGUAGUGUUUGUUAGGUGUUAAGCCUGUGUUAAAAGAUGCUUAAAAUGAUUAAAAGACAAAAAGCGAUUGUGAUUGUGUUGAAUAUAAAGAUAAAAAGGUAGUGGUAAUAUUUCAUUUAGUAGAAAUCUGUAGGUGGCUUAACUUUUUUUGGGGGAACAAGCUAUGUUUUCAAAACCUGUCAUGUUUACAUUAAUUCUAUUUUUUUUCAGAUAUACACAACAUCCUGAAAUAUAUGUAGACAUCGUUGUUAGAAAUAAUAUUAUAUUUACCUUGGCGGAGUGAUGCUGAAUGUAAAAAAUGGCUCAACUUACUCUGCUCUCCCCUACCUCCCUUGUGGUUGUCUGGAGGGUCUGGCUUUGGGUCCAACACAGAUCACUCCCCAUUCACUCUGCUCUCCCUCCACCACUCUUUCCAGUACCCCAUGGGUUCCUGUAUCUGUUUCUAAAAGCUAUCUGUUUUCAUAAUGAUCAUCAUUUAGGUGGUGUACCUGCUCUGUGGCCGUCUUACAGCCCUGGCCUUGGGCCUGCCUGCCUCUCCGGAGGUGCAUGCUGAGCUGGAGAGAAGGGCAGAACUGCGGGCCCUGGGCAGGGCUGUGAGGGAGACCCUGGUGGCCAAGCAGUACCUGCCCCUGCUCAGUGAGGUCCAUAGGGGGUCCUGGGGAGGGUCUGGGUCUGUGUCCUCCUGGGACGAACCAGAAGGGUUUCUGGAGAGGAAGAGACAGGUACUGCUGGAUAAACGCAGCUACAGCGACUCAGACCUCAGCAAGAUCACUGUAAAACAGGUAAUGGUUAACAUCAGGGUUAGGCUGAGCAUACACAUCUUCUAAAAUCUUAACAACUUGGACGUGUUCAAAUUUUCCGAUUUCCUUGUCCCAAAUCUUUCAUUCCGUCCAUCCUCAACCAUAAGACGUGGGUGCUCACGUUACACAAUGAUUUCCUAGUUGAUCCUGCCCCACGUUUCUCGGUUGUCGUAGGAAGAAGAUACAGACACGCAAACAGCAAGCUGCUUUAUUAGUGUGCACAUUAUUAUGUACAGAAACAUAAAAAAAGAAACGGAGGCGCAGAAUAUAGACCCGCAAAUGGUUGGGCAGAUGUAGGCAAUAUGGACUUUCUAUUCUACACAGGGAAUUGGAGGUAAUAUAAACAUUUAAUAUUGAAAAGGCAGCUGUGUUCUCUCCACAGCUCCAUAAACCUGUCCAUCAUCUCAGUCCACACGUUGCGUGUUGUUGUUGCUUUCCUCUUCACCAUCAUUGUUUUGGUCUCACAUGCUGAGUGCUGCAUUGGCUAUUGGCAGUAGUCCUUGCCCAAUAGUGUCGUAGCCCUGCUCAUACUACAAAAUGCACGACCAAAUCUGGAGUCUGGAGAACAGAAUAGCCGUCAUCGGUGCGUCCUUGACCCGCUCAAACUAUGUGAGUCCCGACGUACUGAUCCUAGCCCAAGUUCAAAGGAUUUCACCCUGACCAAAACAAUUUGUCCAGGAUGGCAAAAGCGUGGCGAGUUUGUGGUGAAAAUGAGUAGUGUAUCCCGGGCAUUAGUGGUUACAUGUGGUACAUUCUUGAAAAUUAGGUUAGAAAAAUCUGCAUUGGUAUUGGCAACAUUCAGAGCCUUGAUAUUAACCUUUUUGCUUUAUUUUCUUCCAGGAUCUUGAGUUGGGCUCAUACUGUACUGUACUAGCUAGGAGUAAGAGAGACUGGUCUGGGUUAGAGCAGAUUAGACCUGACCUGAGACCUAUGAGGCCAGUCCAGCCCACCCCUACAGCUGGCCUCUGUUCCAGCCCUGAGGACUCACAAAGACUCAACCUCCCAGCAGGCAGUGGGGCAACCAACAGUAACUGUUCUUUGAAGAGUUUAAAGUGCACUGCCAAGAGGGCACCAGCAUUUCACAAAUUCAACUCUUACAUUGAGGUGAGCAUCAGACUGUGUUACUGUGGGCAUACUAGUAAAAGUGUCAAUUUUUUUUUAUUUAAAGCACAUUUCUUAGUACACUAUUUCCUGUGCUCUGCAGUUACGUAAAAACCAGCGUAAGUCCGGACAGGCCUCAGUGGCUCGGGCAGUUGCCACGGAGAUGGCAGAUCUAAACUCCCCUGGAGAGACAGUUCUACAGAGGACAGCACUGCUACAGGUAAUCAACUGUUACAGCAGGUUAUCACAAGUUGAGGUGUAGUGUACACUGUCUGGAAGUUACUGAGCUACUAAAGCCAUUAACGCUUGUUGUGCAGAUCAAGAUUUGGUCCCUCCUGAAUUGAUUUAAAUGAAAUGGAAUUUACCCUAACUAUGAUUACAACAUAUGGGAAUGGUAUACCUUAAUCUGUCAUGGGCUACCUGUAACCGGAAUCCUGACUGCACUCUGUUCUGUCUGUCUGUGUUGACUGACAGGAGGAGCUGAACAGCAGUGAGUGUGCCUGGGCCCUACUGGUCACAGAGUCUGAUCCGCACAUACUCAGCUCUCUAUUGUGGACCUGGCUGGAAAAACUCAAGGUCAGAGGGCUCAGAUAAAGAAAAAAAAUGGCAGACUACAGAGUUAAACGUCUCCAACUGCAACCGAUAACUCUUUCUAUACUCUCUCUCCCUUUAUACUCUCACUCUCUUACUCUCUCUCCCUUUAUACUCUCACUCUCUUACACUCUCCUGCUUUUUAUACUCUCUAUCCCUCUCCAGGAGCCUGUUCUGAGUGCAGAUGACGUAGAGAGGUUGACCUCAGUAUCUCAACACAUGAACCAUCUCAGUGUGCUAACGAAGGUGAGAGACCCAGUCAGACCAUUGACACACGUUUAACCGUGUCAUGGCUUACUUCAGGGUCUUCAACCUCCUCUUACGUUCAUAAAAGGAUGUUGAACGCAUCAGCAACUAUUGUGUAUGUGUGUGUGUGCAUGUUGUCCCAGCAGCCCCAGCGCCACACCAUGUCCUGUUUGCUGGGUUGUGUGGGUCAGGUGACCAGUCUGUGUCCUCAGAGAGAGGAGGCCGUGCUACGACGCCUGAUACAAGCACUCACCUGGGUGAGUCUGUUGGUGUGUGCCUGAGUGUGUGUGGCAGUCAUUGUUCAAAUUAAUGUCUAACUAUUGUUCUCUGUUUUCAAUAGCACCCUCAGGGGGAGAUGGAGAGCUAUAAAGUCCUGAUGAGAAUCCUCAAGUCCAGCAUCAGACAAACACUCCAUAACCAUAACUCCCUCACACUGACCUCAGACUACACAAAAACCUGCUCAAAAGGAGGAAACAAAUGA